AUGAACAACUGGCACAAACUCCAAAUCCUGGUCCUAAUCCAGCUGAUAUUCUUUCUGCUGGAGCUCAUCACCGGUCUUAUGCUUCGCUCCCUGACGCUCAUUGGUGACAGUUUCCACGUUUUCAGCGAUUUGCUCUCCCUAGGAGUGGCAAUGGCAGCCAUGAAACUUGCAAAGGCCAAACCGGAUGCCCGCUACACGUAUGGACUCCGUCGGGCCGAAGUUCUGGGUGCUCUCAUCAAUGGUGCCACGCUGCUUUACCUGUGCUUUACUUUAAUUAUUCAAGCAUUCAACCGGUUCUUCAACCCAGAGGAAAUCACAAACCCCAAGUUUUUGGCGGCAGUUGGUCUGGCCGGCCUUGUAUCAAAUAUUCUGGGUCUACUUGUUUUCCAAGAUGGCCACGACCAUGGACACUCUCAUAACGGAGGAGGACAUAGUCAUGUUCACGGUGGCUCAUUGCUUUCCGGGGCCGCUGCAGAUGAAGAGGCAUCAGCAGGUUUGAUGCCUUCAGAAGCUCUUGCCGCUGAAGAGCGACGCUUGCUCGAGGAACAGCACUCUUAUGGAGCCAUGGACGAGUCAUCCAGCCAUAUUAACCAUCACCACUCGCGUCCGCGGGAAGCCAUUAAAAGCAAGCGUCCUCUCAACAUGGACGGUGUUUAUUUACACGUCCUCUCUGACGUCGUCAACAAUAUCGUGGUCAUCGUGCUGGGUUUGUUCGUUUGGCUCACGGACUUCUCCUGGAAGUACUACGCCGAUCCUGCUCUUUGCAUGUUGAUGGCUGUUUUGAUCACAUGGGGAACCAUUCCUCUCUGCGUGAGAGCUGCCAAAGUUCUGCUGAACGCUGCACCCCCUUCGGUUAAUGCCGCCGAAGUGAAAGACGAUAUCAAGUCUCUUCCUGGUAUCGUGAAUAUCCACGACUUGCAUAUUUGGCAGCUUAAUGACGAAGUGCUAAUCGCGACCCUGCAUGUUGCCGUUUCUGCGCCCCCCGACAGCUUUAGCGAGCUCAGCCGAGACAUCCUGCACUGCCUCUCUGAACAUGGCGUGUCUUCGGCGACUGUUCAGCCGGAGUUUGUUGGCAUUGCGAACGGCAGUCGCGAAUGUGUAGCAUAUGGUAACACUUCAUCAGGAGGACUAGCUACGGACGCAUAA